UCUCUUCUGACUCCACACUCUGCUUUCUCCUUUUCCCACCUCUGUCUGCUGUCUCCUCCUUCUCUGCAAUUGUCGCCGGGAUUUCCACACAGAGAGAUCGAGAGCGAGAGAGAGAGAGAGAGAGCAAUGGCGGAGGCGUUGAGAUGGUUCGCCCUGUGCACGGUGCUGGUCGUGGUGAUGGUCGUCGGAGUUUCGGCCACUGCUCGGAAUGGCGGGAUCUCCGGUCUUGCUCUGACUCGGAAUGUGGAAACUGAGGCGUUGCAGAGCUCGAGCAACUCUUCCAUGGCGGCUAGAUCUGGAUCGUUUAUUCAGUUACGGUUCGUUUUCUUGGAUUCCUUAGUUGCGGAAGUACUCCUUUUCCCUUACAUAGUCCUCCUCUUCCUGCUUUUUGACAGCACCGGAGAAGAAGCGGUUAAUGAUGCACCCGGGAACAAUGUCAAUGAGCAUGCUGUUCAGGACCCAGAAGAGGUGGUUUCAAUGGUGGAAAUGAGCAUCCACAACAACACUGAAAGGAGGAAACUAGGGUAUUUCUCUUGUGGAACGGGCAACCCCAUCGAUGAUUGCUGGCGCUGUGACCCACACUGGCAGAAGAACCGCAAGAGGCUUGCUGAUUGUGGGAUUGGGUUCGGGAGGAAUGCCAUUGGCGGGCGUGAUGGGCGGUUCUACUUGGUGACCGAUCCCAGAGACGACGACCCUGUGAACCCAAGACCGGGGACCCUGCGCCACGCUGUGAUCCAGGACAGGCCGCUGUGGAUUGUUUUCAAGAGGGACAUGGUAAUCCAACUGAAGCAAGAACUGAUCAUGAACAGCUUCAAGACGAUCGACGGGCGUGGUGCCAAUGUCCACAUCGCCAAUGGAGGGUGCAUUACCAUCCAGUUCGUGACGAAUGUGAUCAUCCACGGCCUCCACAUCCAUGACUGCAAGCCCACAGGGAACGCCAUGGUGAGGAGCUCGGAGACACACUUUGGAUGGAGAACCAUGGCUGACGGAGAUGCCAUCUCCAUCUUCGGGUCUAGCCACAUUUGGGUGGAUCACAACUCGCUCUCUCACUGUGCUGAUGGGCUGGUUGAUGCGGUGAUGGGCUCGACCGCCAUUACCAUCUCCAACAACCACAUGACCCACCAUAACGAGGUGAUGCUGCUGGGGCAUAGUGACUCUUACACAAGGGACAAGCAAAUGCAAGUGACCAUCGCUUACAACCAUUUCGGAGAGGGACUCAUCCAGAGGAUGCCAAGAUGUAGACAUGGGUACUUCCAUGUGGUGAACAAUGACUACACCCACUGGGAGAUGUACGCGAUCGGAGGGAGUGCCAACCCCACCAUUAACAGCCAGGGUAACAGAUACAACGCCCCCAUCAACCGCUUCGCCAAGGAGGUGACCAAGAGGGUGGAUACGGCGGCGGGCGUGUGGAAGGGCUGGAACUGGAGGUCGGAGGGAGACCUGCUGCUCAACGGAGCUUACUUCACGCCGUCCGGAGCAGGGGCUUCUGCAAGCUACGCUCGUGCUUCUAGCUUGGGUGCCAAGUCUUCUUCCAUGGUCGGAUCCAUUACUUCCAACGCCGGUGCCCUUGGCUGUCGUCGGGGCCGCCAGUGCUAGCGCCUACCUAAGCUUAUAUUAUUAUUAUUAUUAUUAUUAUUAUUAUAAGCUAGUAGUACUAGUACACCCUCCGAUCCUCUCCUUUCCCUUCCCACCAUUUUUUAAUUUUGCCCAAAAAUUGGGCAACUCCUCUCCUCAUCACCAAUUCACCAUAUAGCAAUUAAGCAAAAGCACUUGAAAUUUUUAAUUUGCCCAUUUUCUUGCAAUGAAUCCACUGCCUGUCAUUGUUUCUUGGCGUCGUCUUCUUCCAUUCAAGUCCCCAUCUCUGCAAAACCUCGGACCACAGCUGUAGCCCUCGUCCUCCCCGCCCACCAUUACUGUUACUGACAAAGUGUACAUUUUUUGCACAUUGUCACUAUAUACGUACGUUGCUGUCCUUCCUGUCUUGUCUCUCCCUUCCAUUCCAUUCCAUUCCACCAUUGAAUUGCUUAGUGUGUAUCUUUUCUUGUUUGGUGUCAACCUCGAUCGGCCUGCUGUUUCAACGGAAAAACCAGAAACCAAGGCACAAGUGCUAUAUAUACUAGUAAUAGAAGCAGGCGCGGAAGCGUUGGUGGUUCGGAUCUGUAUGUCCAGUCCACCCCGAUCCGUCACAAUUAAACGUGGGACGGGACGGGAGUGUGUUUCUUCUUCAUUUCUAACAAAGUCUGCCUGUCUGUCUAUCCAUCCAUCCAUGUGAUUGUGUCGUCGUCAGUCGUUUGAUGCGUCGGUGCCUGUCAUUCUGCUCUCCUUCUCUCCCUUCAAUUGUGACUCCUGUUGAGAAGUAAACAUCAACCACCAUCUUAUUCUUUCUAGUUCUAGCUGUGUGUCCCUUUCCCCAUCCUCGUAUAGGAAGGAUUUAUUUACUCGUCAGCGUAAGUUUUGGGAUGUUUGCAUGGGCUUUUCCAUUGUCAGCUCAGUUUACUUACUAAUUAACACGAAAGCAAUAUAUUAUAUAGUGAUUUGUCUCGAAAUUAUGUGUGUUCAUGAUCAUGUUGGUAACGAAAGGGGAGUUUAAUUUAAGCAAUCUUGUAACUGGAGCAACCCGGCAGGGGAGACAUUUUACAGAGAAACAGUACUCAAUUAUAUCUGUCCUCCAGUGCAGUGAUCAUU